AUGCAGAUCGUCAGGAUUCAGACGAACAUCCGCGCUGCAGAUGUUCCAGAAAAACUGGAGCAAGAUGUCAGCUACGGGUUAUCAGUGGUCAUGGAAAUGCCUUCUGAUAAGUUUGUGGUUAUUGUGGAGCCAGCAGUUAGGAUAAGAAUAGGAUUCGAAGCUAAGGAGACUACGGUAGCAGUUGUUCAAGUAAACGAUGCAUGA